CUGGUGUCGUGAGUGAUAUGUGUGAUGGCUGUAACAUUGUACAAUCUGAAAAGAAAUACGGUCCUCGAAAAUUCGCGAGAGAAAUAUAAUUCAGCGUCACAAAUAAUUUACCAUGAAUACUGUUGUUUACACGAGGGCUAUGGUUGCAAUUAAUGCUGGCAUCAUGAGACGGUGCUAUACCAGACGACGGCUGUACCUCGAUAAUCGCAGUCUAGGACUUUUAUUUUCAUAUCCGAGUAAAUCAGAGAAGCGAAUCGUUUCUGGAAUUGAUUCGUCGAUUCUGAGAUCAAAUAUUCAGAUUUCAUAUUCCCAGAAUCGAAGUUUUCAUUUUACUCCAGCAUGGAGUGGGCAAGAGCCUUCGUCGAAGGUAGAAGAAACUGUGAAGAAUCUCAAAGAAGAAAAAGAAGAGAAAGAAAAAAUGAUAGUUGCAUUGGCCAGCGAUAUCACCAAAGCACCAGACAAAGCAGUUCCUCAAAAACGAACUUUAUGGCAAAAGAUAAAGGCUGAGAUGCUCCACUAUUAUCAUGGAUUCAGGUUAUUGGGACUUGAUAUGAAAAUUUCAGCGAAACUUAUUUGGAGGGUACUCAAAGGAAAGGAAUUGACAAGACGAGAACAUCGAUUGCUCGUUAAAACAACUGGUGAUAUGUUCCGACUGAUUCCUUUCUCGGUUUUCAUAAUCGUUCCCUUUAUGGAGUUUCUUUUACCAGUGGCAAUCAAAUUUUUCCCUGGAAUGUUGCCAUCAACCUUCCAGACAGCAACAGAGAAAGAAGACAAAUUGAAACAAGCCCUAAAAGUUAAAAUAGAAAUGGCAAAGUUCCUCCAGAAAACGCUGGAUGAAAUGGCAGUGCAGUCACCAAAUCACAAGUCCGAGAAAGCCAAAGAGUUUUCUGAAUUCUUUUACAAACUUCGUUCAACAGGUGCUACAGCUUCUAACGAGGAGAUCAUGAAGUUCUCCAAACUUUUUGAAGAUGAAAUCACUCUGGACUCCCUCUCGCGUCCCCAAUUAAUCGCCCUGUGUCGAGUACUGGAUGUGCAGACCCUGGGCACAACAAACUUUCUGCGUUAUCUCUUGAGAAUGAGGCUCAGAAGUCUCGCAGCAGACGAUAGGUUGAUUGAUAAAGAAGGAGUUGAAACCCUGACACGAGCAGAGCUGCAGCAAGCCUGCCGAGCACGAGGGAUGAGGGCCUAUGGAAUGCCAGAAAAUAAAUUGAAGGAUCAGUUAUCCCAGUGGUUGGACCUGAGUAUUCACAAAAAGGUUCCUCCUUCACUCCUCCUCCUUUCUCGAGCUCUCAUGGUACCAGAGACAAUGCCAAUGUCUGAUAAACUCAAGGUUACAAUAUCAGCACUUCCUGAUGAUGUUCUAGCAGCAACGAAAGGCGCUAUUGGUGAGAAAGAGGGCAAAGUUGAUCAUAGAACAAACAUAGAAAUUAUUAAAAUGGAGGAACGCAAAAUUGAGGAGGAGAGGAAGGAGAAGAAGGAGGCGAAAGAGCCUGAACCAAUUAUUGCUGCCCGAGAAGAAAAGAAAGACGAAAUCACCACUAAGGAUGUUAAGGUUCUUGAACAAGCCCUUGAUUCGAUUGGAAAAGAUAAGAAGCUUGUCGUAGAGAAGGAGGAGCUGAAGGAGCUCAAGGAAGAGAUGGCAGAGUACCAGGAAGAUAUCAAGGAAUUGGAUCAGAUGAAGGCAGAGGCCCGAGGGGAAAUUGAAGAUAUUAAAGUGUCCAAGGGAGCUAAACGUCUGUUUAACAAGGUUAAUAAGAUGAUUUCAAAGAUGGAUAAUGUGUUGAAAGAGUUGGAGAAGAGCGAGGAACAAGUGAAGAAGAAGAUUGAGACACUGAAACCUGAGGAGAAAGAGGGUUCUCAUGUGGUCGAGGAACUGGUGAAGGUGGACGAACUUAUUGCUGCUAUCAAGCAAAUUCAGAGUGUUCCGGACGAAAACAGACUCUCAAGGAUUUCCGAGAUUUUGGGGAAGAUCGAUGAUGAUAGGGAUGGUGCAAUAAAAAUUGAGGAUGUACUAAAGGUGAUUGAGCUGAUCGGCAAAGAAGAUGUAAAACUGAACAAGAAGCAGUUGAAUGAAUUAAUUGACCUCAUAGAUAAGGAGGAGGUUUUGGAAGUGGAAGAUCAGAUUUCCAAAGCCUUGAAGAAAGAUAGCAAAGACAAGCCUUCGGAUGAAAUUCAACCCGAGAAAGCCUCCGUAGUGCCGUCAAUCCAUCCAGUGAAAUCAAAGGAACCACUGUGUGAAAAUCUAGAUGAUGAGGCCACACCAAAAAUCACAGUGAAAUCCGAAGCUGAGGAGUUGCGAGAUCCAGCGCCAAUCUUAAAAGAUCCUCUGGACUCUAAUCCAGUUAGAGAUGCCUCUCUAACGAGUGUACCACCUCCGAAGGCGAAAAAAACUGAAGGUUCUAAGCAGCUGUGAUUCGCACGAGUCCCAUAAAUUUAAAUUCCUCUACGCAUAGGCCAACGAUUUUUUUCUUUCUAUUUUUUAUCAGGAUGAACAUCGCAAGGUGUUGAGUUUGGACAUCAGACAGUAUAAACUACCAACUCAAAUGAAAUGAGAAGUGAGUUUCAUCUGAAGGAACAAAUGUGUUUCAUUUAUUCGGUGAACAAAAAAAAAAUGGUCUAGUGGGAGCAAUGAAGAAUCGAGAGAAUUUCAACGAUUAUCGGAGGGAAUUUACGCAAUGAAAAUUAAUAUAUUUGAUUGAUUCAUGUGUUCAAACUCUGGACGUACCUAUCAUGGUGGAUUUAAAACGUUAAUGCAUCCUGUGCUGAAAAGAGGAAAAUGAAAUAACAAGAGGAGAAAGUCACUUUUCACUGUCGAAAUGCAGUGGAAUCACGUGCUGGACACGACUAAAAUUGGAAUUCAUUCACCCUUUUACCUCUUUCCGUUCGAUUUGGAUUAACUUCGGAACAAUAUCAUUCCAUCAGUGAAAAAAAUCGUGAGGGAAGUGGUAAAGAAGAGAUAAGUUCGGAACACGUACAUAUUUUAUUGACGCCGGUUGAUAUAUCUUCAUAUACAAAUAUGGGCUGUUCCUCUAAAUACACGCAAAUAUAUGCGAAUCCUGUCUCACAAUUCACGAAAUUAUUUUCAUUACUUUUUUGAAUUAAAUAUGUAUGGAGAAGGAAAUUCUUCAAAAAGAAAAGAUCCAGUUUUUCAAUUGGAGAGACUUCAACAGCUCGAACACUCGAAACACAAAAAAUAAAUUCUUAACUUCACUGUUGCUCCUAUUUUUUCAUGGAUUAAAACAAAAUUACAUUCACAAAAUUUUGAGAUCGAUGUAGUAUUGGACCUCUGAUCAUUCCUAUAAUCCUCAACUGACGAAAAAUGAAACAACUAAUGAAGGCGCAAAAAUUCACUUUUUACAAUUCAAGAAAUUAUUUAAUUACAAUUAAGCUUGUAAAUAUAGCUAUCCAUGUAAAUAAAAGUACAUCCAUCGAUGAAGUUUGUAAAUAAAUUCUUGAAUCAGAAAAAUCGAUUUUCGACAGAUUCAAUUUCUGUUUCUUAAUUUUCAUUGGUUUAGUAUCAUAUGAGCGAACACGGAUUAAAUACUAUGUCGAUUGGGCAUGCUUUUUAAAAAAAAAGAAAAUUUUGUUUCCCCAAUUUACAGGGGAAAUCGUUGAAGUUCGUACAGUCUCUUCCACUGGGAAACAUGACUUCUACCUCUUCACGAGAUCUUAUUGCUCAUCCAUUCUUAAGUAAGUCUGAAAAUAAUUACUGAAAAUGUUGGGACCGAAUUUGCAUAAUAUAAUUAAUGGAAUGGCCCAUAUACAUACAUUUGUUUCGAGUAAAAUAAAAUAUUCGAGAAAAUAUUCGAGGAAAUAUUCGAUAAAAUAUUCAAGAAAAUAUUCGAGAAUUACUGAAUAGGAAGUUCUGAACCUACCCGCUUUUAUCACUUCACUUCGAAGUCUAUUCAAUUUUCUGUGGCAUUUUCGUGAAAAAAUGUUCUUUUUAAUAAUUAAGGUGAAAAAGAGAGUUUUUAAUCACUGGCAGUAUUGUCUGAAGGCCAAGUUAUAUUUAAGCAGAAAAUAAUGACUACAAGGUGGAGGAAUAAAUUUUUUGAUUCAAUUUGAAUCAUCCGAUUGGUAUUACUUUUAGUCCUUCUAGACUCAGCGAUCACGAAGUGUCUCGUUUUUUAAAAAAUUGAUUUGAAACUCUCUCUGGUACCUUAAUUCAAUUUGUACGAUUUACGAGGGAAAUAUAAGAUAGAAAAAUAAUACGAAUAAAACUGCAAGACGCUGUUUAUUACUAAUUGUCUCCAGCAUUGAUAUGAGACACUCUGUAUAAUUAUAUAUAUAAAUAAAAUGGAAUAAAAUAACGCGUGUCGAUAAUUCCCAUUGGACAAUAA